GGGCGUCAGUCGCCGUUUGGACUCGAGAGGCAAAAGUUUCCGGAAAUGCUAAUGAAAUGUUUUUGCAGAUAAAAUGACCAGGAGAUCGCGGUCAAGCAGUCGAAGGAGAGGCGACAGAGAUCGGGGAUACAGACGAUCACCCAGUCCCUAUCGAGGUCAUAGUAGGCACAGAUACAGGCCUUCAUCACGGAGUAGGAGUCCUCCUAGAAGAUGGGAUAGACCUCGUUCAGAAAGGGACCACUUCUCAAGACACGAUACGAAAUCGCAUAACGCCUAUUAUAGAGAUAGAAGAUAUUCUAGGUUCUCAGAUACGCACGAAAACUUUCGACCAGACCAUAGAUAUUCUAGAAGUUAUGCAGAAAGACCACGUGAAGAAGCAUAUGGUGAUUCGGAGUUCAAAGUUCCAAGUCUAGACUUUAGAUCAAGGGAUAGACAUUUCCCAGGACAAGAACCCUAUAGGACUCCAAGAGAAUCCCACUAUAAAACUCCCUAUCCAAAAAAUGAGCCUCUUUCCUCUGAAAAUGCAACACAGUCUUCCCACCAGGGCAGAGAUACUACUCAAUUACCAGAAAAGAAUGCUCCAAAGCCUGUAGAUGAUGCACCAAAAGAGGAGCCUGUGGUAGAAGAAAAGGAAACAACAUGGAAGGGAUUCCCUGUUCCAAAGCCAUUUAGAGACAAUGAAACAUUUUACGAAACACGUCCAAAAAUCAAAUUUAGGGACGUACUUGCGCCUCUUUACAUGCCAAAGAAUGGGCCUAAGCUAAAGAGAUACAAGAAUUUCCAGAUUUUCUCGGACAUACUUGAAAAGUGUAAUAAGGCUAGAGCGAUUUGGAGAGAUGACAUUGAAAGGACAAUUGUAGCUGGCUUCAAAGUAUUGGAAGAGAAACUCAAGCUUAGCAGAAUCAGAUCUGAGCUCGAUCCAAUCGUUAAUGCUCUGAGGAUCAUGAGAAAGCGAGAUAUAGGAGGUGGAAAGUAAUGGCACUAAAAGUGCAAAUUUAUUGGUGUAUAGUAUGUAUUUAUGUCCUUUAUAAGUUUAGAGUAUUGUCGAGGGGUUUUGGGAUCCCUUUGGAGAAUGUUAAUUCUUAACCGGUU